AUGGGUUUAUCACAUGGGAAAGAAUUCACUCAGGAAGAGCUUGACGACUAUCAGAUUUUGACGUACCUAACCAAAAAAGAAAUAUACCUUGCGUACAAGAAGUUCAGGGCUUUAGAUCCUCAGAAAGUGAGUGAAUCGAAGCAAAAUCCGUUGAGCAUGGAAUUGGUUUGCACUCUUCCGGAGUUACGAGUGAACCCGUUUGGGGAUCGCAUCUGUCAAGUAUUCAGUUCAACCAAAGACGGUAGAAUCUCCUUUGAAGACUUUCUAGAUAUGAUGUCUGUGUUCAGCGACGCUGCACCUGCGUCCGUGAAGCUGGAAUACGCCUUUCGGAUAUUCGACUUCGACGGGGAUGAUUUGCUAAGUGCUCAAGAUUUGGGCGAAAUCAUCAAUCGCCUCGUCUCGCCAAAUUAUCUUCUACCUGCGGAAAAUACGAAACUCGUCGGCCAUCUCUUGGAGGAGACUGAUCUUGAUGAAGACAGAGCGCUGUCCUUCGCGGAGUUCGAGCACGCUGUCUCCAAGGCACCGGAUUUUGUCCGGGUUUUUGUCAUCCGCCUUUGA